AAAAAAAAAAACUGAAACAAAAGAAGAGUCAUCAGAUUUUGAAGACAUGAAGUUCAUGACACUAAUGGUCAUCACAUUUGUGAUUAUCGUCCUGUCAUCUCCUAUUUUGAUGAAAGCAGAAGAGACACAGUCAUGUGUUCCGAUGGAGCUCAUGCCAUGCUUACCUGCAAUGACCAAAAGAGAACAACCGACUAAAGAUUGUUGCGAAAAUCUGAUUAAGCAAAAGACAUGUUUAUGUGAUUACAUUAAAAACCCAUUAUAUAGUAUGUUUACUAUCUCUCUAGUCGCUCGCAAAGUUUUAGAGACUUGUAAUGUUCCUUAUACUAGUUGUUAAAGCUCAAUAUAUUUUUCAAAAUAAAUAUUAUUUAUAAGAAACUGAAAUCUUUUGUAACAACAAUUCAUUGAUGAUGAUGGUUGUUGGGCAUUUUCAUGUU